AUGCCAACGAGCACAGGUGACCCUUAUGUUCCUCAACCAGUUCAUCGAACGAUUCGUAUACCCAGAUCAACGCCUCAGUAUGAUGAUUCUGGACAUGUAAGCACGACAACAACUGCAAGUACAACUGCAAGUACAACUGUUACUUAUGUAUGGUGGAGUUUUGAUAAUGUAACAACUGAUUCAUACGGUGUUUACGAUGGUCAGUUUGUGAAUGGUGCAACGUAUUCUCCGAACUCUGGUACAAUUCCAUAUUUGGGACAAGGUCGUGCAUUAAGUGUAACAGCGGCACAAAAUCAAUCAUUUCAAGUGUCAACUUCAUUCUUGAGCCUUGCUUCAACAAGUUUUACUAUUGAAGCUUGGAUUUAUCCAAUGACUGUGACAGGUGACAAUGGUAUUAUGGGUCAAUGUCAAUGUACAUCAUGUUCGAAUCAAUGUUUUUAUUUUCUAAUACGAUCCAGCAAAUUGUAUGUCGGAUUUACAUUGAAUGAUAUCAGUGGUUUAACAACGAUGACAGUUAAUACUUGGUAUCACAUCGCUUUUGUAUAUAAUUCCGUUACACAACAACAGAUAUUGUAUUUAAAUGGAGUUCAAGAUAAUAUCAAGUCCAAUUCAGCUGCUUACCAAGGAACAAAUGGAACAUUUAUAAUCGGCUCUGCAACUUAUUUUCCAUCAACGACUUUUUUAAAUGGUUAUAUAGAUAAUGUUAAAAUCCAAACACGAGCGAAAUCUGCAACAGAAGUUUUAACCGCUGCAUCACUGAUUGCUUAUUAUUCAUUUGAUUUACCUAGUCCAACUAAUGAUAAUGGCCCAAAUGGAUUAACUGGGUCAUCAACAAAUGCAGCAACAGUUAGCGGACGCGUUAAUCAAGCACUGCAAUUCACUGGUUCAUCAUCUUAUUUUCAAGCAUAUGGAUUUUACCAAGCCGGAUUCGGUGUUUAUUACAAUAAACCGUUUUCAAUUUCAAUGUGGAUAAGUCCAUCAUCAUAUUCUAGUUGUACAUUUGUUCAAAUGUCAACAGCUUACAAUGGUGGCUCAUGUUUUAAUAUGCUUGGCAUUUGGACAUAUACUGGUAAUGCAGGCCAACUAGUUGCACAAGGUUAUGCUUGGCCAGCUCUUUAUGGGCCAUUUAUAACGCUGAAUACCUGGACACAUGUCUCGUGGACAUUCUCGCUUACUAAUGGAUAUCGAUUGUAUGUCAAUGGAGUUUAUUUCGGCACAACUGGUUAUUAUUCGUAUACAGGAACUUCUGGUCAGAUCAAUUGGUUACAAAUUGGAUACAGUUUUGGUUGUUCAAGUGUUUAUAUUACAAAUGCUGCUUUUCAAGGAAUCAUCGAUGAAAUUUACGUUCAUAAUAGAGAAAUCACGGCAGCAGAAGUCUACGCACUCGCCAAUCCAUGA